UAGAAACGGUGUUUUCCAGUGGAGAUGGCCAGAGCAGCUCUGCCCAGCUGUUCUCAUCACUCCUCCGAUAAAACGUGCUAAUGGGAGCCAGCAUACUCCACUACAGCACAAAUGAAAUUGCAAGGGCAGAUGGGGAGCCUUCAGCUCUCAGUAUUCUUUAUUGUGUGAAGUCUGAGAUCUCAGGCAAACACGGCGAGAGCCAGCAAAUCUCUCAGAGGACUAAAAUCCCAGCUGAGUCUCAAAUUCUCUGUGCAGGAGAGAAAUGGCUGUAAUCUGCUAAUAAAAACAGAUGUACGGGGGCCAUUCUGGCAGCUACAUCUGCUGUGCUUCCUCCAGCCCGCCCCGCCUUGUUAGACAGCCUCGUUCCACUCCUCACGAGUGGUGCCAACAAUAGGCACGCAUGAACACCAUCACAUCAUAUUUUCUUUAGGAUGGUUGCUUUCUCCUCGACCCGCACUGCAGCCGUGCUGAGCCCUGCUCCAACCUCGCUGUCUGAGGGAAGGCGUCUGUCCUCGUGGCUGUGCUUGCGCCGGGAACGGUGCUGGGAACAAAGGCAACCCUGGCUCUACACCACCUCAGCCCACUGCCGAUGUCGGGGAAAGGAUCAGACCUGCGGGGCAGAUUUACACCCGCGGAUGCUCUUAUUAUGCUCCUAAGCCAGGGAAGGGCAUCGAAGCGCAGCAGCUCUUCCCACAAGCGUCCUUUCCAGAGCUGUCUGAUGCCUUUCAGAAGCAGCCACAUUCCGUCAGAGCGUCUUUAGGACAGCCAGCUGCUGUACUUCCCGCCCCUCCUCCCUCCCUACCGCCCCUCAGAGCUGGCCUGAAGGCGCCCCACAAGAUGGCGCCUCACCGCUUUAGGGCGCGCCCGGAGUAAAGAUGGCGGCGGCAUCUUCUCCCGCUUCCGCGGUGCUGGCGGCUGUCCCGCCCUCAGUAACGAUGGCGACUUCCUGCGCGGUGUGGCUGGAGGAUCAGGUGGACCGGGUGCCCUGUCCCUACGACGCCCAUCACCGUGUGCCUCGGGCGUCGUUGGAGAGGCAUGCGGCGUCCUGCCGCCUCCGCAAGAUGGGCUAUUCCGCCGAGGAGCAGGCCGAGAUGUAUGACUCCCGCUUCUUCUAUGAGAACCUGAAGGUGCCCACCGUUGCAAUGGAUAAAGAUCUACAGUUUCACAUAGUUCAGCAAGCUAGAGCUCAGAGUGCCAAAGAAGGCAUAGGCUACACUGAAGGAUCUUAUUCAUCACUGCCUGUAGAAGUUCCUCAAAAUCACAAACGUUUCACCUGUGACCUGACUCAAGCUGACCGACUUGCUCUUUAUGACUAUGUUGUUGAGGAAACAAAGAAACAGAGGUCUAGGUCACAAAUCACAGAAAAUGACAGUGACCUCUUUGUGGAUUUAGCAGCCAAGAUUACUCAAGAUGACAGUCAGAAAGGUCCAAAGUCCCAUCUUGAGAUUCUGGCUGAAAUGCGAGACUACAAAAGGCGCCGGCAGUCAUACAGGGCUAAGAACGUUCAUAUAACGAAGAAAUCUUACACUGAGGUGAUUCGGGAUGUGAUUGGUGUACAUAUGGAGGAACUCAGCAACCACUGGCAGGAAGAGAAUAGGUUGGAUAAUGCAGAGUUGUGUGAAGGGGGAAAGUCAAAAUCUUCAGGAAGAAAGGAAGACAGGCGGUCAGCUUCGGUGGACUCGAGGCAGUCUGGAGGAAGCUCAAAGGACACUGAACGCACCAGACAUAGGAGAGAGAGCAGCAGGAGUCCAAGUAAAAGAAAAAGGAGUCGUGACAGAGGGAAAGACAGAGAUUCUCGGAGAAAAAGAGAAAGGGAAGAAGACAAGUAUCACAGCCAUAAAAGAAGAAAGUAAAAACAAGAACAUAAUGAGUUUUUGUUCAAAGAAUUACUUGCAGAGGAUGUACUGUUGUUACUGCUGUUAUAACAGAGACUGUAAUGCUGUGAACGUAAUGCUGGUGUUGCCUUACAGCUGUGUUCAGAGAGAAAAUCAGAUAAUGUUCAGGGGUUGGCAGGAUGGAAGCAGUGUACGUCCUAAAAUGUACAAAUGUAUAAGACUUAUGUAUCUAUUAAUAAAUUAUAGUGAUUUCUUA